AUGGAAGAAGGGUGCAAAGUCCAAUGCGAAGGCGUAGGUGGGCUUGUAUCUCUGUGCAACUGCAGACUAACACAUGACAGCGAGGCCGCAGCAGAAAAGGCCGCAGAGGCAGCACGUAAGAAGGCCGAGAAGGAGGCAUUGCUGCGUGAAGAAGAGGCAUCACUGCCAUCGAAGCCCAAAGGAAAAGCGCCAAAAGCCGAGAAGAAACCCCGCGGCAUCGACGCAGCCCUGGGCUCCCUCGACGGAAAGCCAUCCACCCUCAACGCCAGCGGUAUCGACGACGCGCUGGAUGCUCUGGAUAUCACAAGCAAUACGCAAGAAAAGGUGGAUCGACACCCCGAGAGGCGGUUUAAGACUGCGUUGGCAGCAUAUGAGAACAAAAGACUUGAGGAUAUGAAGGAUGACAAGACCUUGCGGCGACAGCAAAAGAUAAAUCAAAUCAAAAAGGAGUUCGAAACGCAUCCGAGCAACCCGUACAGACAGGUUACUGGAGCAUACAAUAUGACGAGGGAGGAGAGGGCUGCGAUACAAGAAGAGGAAAAGGCCAAGAAGGAAAAGAGACUAGUAGGCGUAAACUAA